AUGGUUAUCCUUCACCUCAGACAUGCUAUAUUCAUCGCUGCUCUCAUUACAUUGACCGCAGCGCAAGACGAAACUAUUGUACCUGAUGAUCUUCAAUCUGGCUUCCGUCCAGGUGGCGACGAAGUACAGGUCUCAUUCACUAGCGACGCAGUCAAUGGCUUCAAGGAUGGAACAGUUUUUGAGAAAGACGCGGUAGCGGAGGAGCCUACAUUUGCCCUUGGUGAUAGCAGUGGCAUCUCUCCUAGCACAUUAUACACAAUUAUUAUGGUCGACACCACUUGUCCAAACUCUCGGAAACUUCACUACGCCCGUGCAAACUUCAAGAACAACUUCGAAAUCACCAACAUCAACACUAGCUCUCCAGCUCUUCUCGAUUACAUCGCUCCUGGCUCUUUCGACGAGAAGGGUGAUGACCGGCAGUAUAGUUUCUUGAUGUAUAUGAACCCCGGUAGGAAAGAGAUCACGAAUCUGCAAUUGCCGGGAGAUAACGAAGCCUUCGAUAUCAAGCAGUUCCAGGAUGGGAAUGGGUUGGGAGAUGCUAUGGCUGGGGUGGGUAUGGUCGUGAAGCUUGGGGGUUCAGCGGACUGCGCGGGCGAUAAUGCAGAGACUUUACCCAGUAGUCUACCGACGCCGAGACCAGCAAGAAGUACAGGAGUAGCAGCGUCGAGGACAGUUAGUCCAGAAGACGCAACAGCAAGUGCCACGCCCACAGACGACACGAACUUGCCUGAAGAUGCAGGCUCGCUUUCUUCAGCUGCCACUGCCACCCCCACGCCAGCAUCGUCGAGUGAUCCUCCGAACUCAGUCGUCUCGUCGCUCAGCAAUCCCCCACCUUCAGCAGUAGGACCAUCAAAUACUGUGUCAACAAUCAUUCUAUCUAGUACGGAUGGGACGGGUUCUUCAACAGCUGCUACUACUGUAGCAGAGCAGACGGCGAAUGCUGCACCGGAAACGAUAUGCUGUCAACGCUGGGGCAUGGUCUCCUUCUUGGUCAUCCUCGGCCUCAUGUCUUGGUAG